AUGGAGGGGCAGAGGCCAGGGUGCAAAGCUGCAACUGCUGUCCUAGCUGGGUCCUUGCUCUCCUCCGUCCUCCAAACCACCAGGGUCAGAGCCCUGCAGGGCUCCCCACCGAUGCCGCUGCUGGAGGAUGUCAUCCCGGAGAACAUCAGCUGGGCUGCCGAGGAAGCCCAGGGCAACGAAUCCUCAGAGCACGCGUUUUUCUCUCUGGAUUAUCAGCACGUCCAAGUCCCCUUUGAAAUCACGCUCUGGAUCAUGCUUGCAUCCUUAGCCAAAAUAGGGUUUCAUCUAUAUAACAAGCUGCCUUCUGUUGUUCCCGAAAGCUGUCUAUUGAUAUUUGUAGGACUCAUCAUGGGGGGAAUCAUCUACGGCUUAAACGACAAGUCGCCACCUGUUAUGGACAGCGACAUCUUCUUCCUCUACCUCCUGCCACCCAUCGUCCUUGACGCAGGUUACUUCAUGCCCAGCCGUCCCUUUUUUGAGAACAUCGGCACUAUCCUCCUCUACGCGGUCGUGGGGACGAUAUGGAACGUGUUCGGGAUCGGCUUUUCCCUGUACGGGAUCUGCCAGGUGAAAGCCUUUCGCCUGCAGGAUGUGUCGUUGCUCCACAACCUCCUGUUCGGCAGCCUGAUCGCCGCCGUGGAUCCCGUGGCGGUGUUAGCGGUCUUUGAAGAGAUACACGUCAAUGAAAAGCUACACAUUCUGGUCUUCGGCGAAUCGCUCCUGAAUGACGCGGUGACGGUGGUGCUCUACAAGCUAUUUCAAUCUUUCUGUGAAAUGCCAACCAUCAAAAGUGUGGACGUUUUUGCUGGAGUUGGAAAAUUCUUUGUGGUUGGGCUAGGAGGAGUUUUAGUAGGUCUUACUUUUGGGAUGACUGCCGCCUUUACCACGCGAUUCACCAAGGAUAUCCGCGUCAUCGAACCGCUCUUUGUCUUCCUGUACAGCUAUCUUUCCUACCUCACCGCUGAAAUGUUUCACCUUUCGGGGAUCGUGGCCAUCAUCGCUUGUGCCAUGGGCAUGAAACGUUACGUGGAGGCCAACAUCUCUCUGAAGUCUCACACCACAGUCAAAUACUUCAUGAAGAUGUGGAGCAGUGUUAGCGAUACCCUCAUCUUCAUCUUUCUUGGAGUUUCCACCAUUGGAGAAAAUCAUGAGUGGAACUGGCCAUACAUUUGCUUCACUGUCAUUUUCUGUCUCGUUUGGAGAGCACUAGGGGUUCUUGUACUGACUUUCUUUGUGAACAGAUUUCAUGUGAACACCAUCACCAGCAAAGACCAAUUCAUUAUAGCGUACGGGGGUCUCCGAGGAGCCAUUUGUUUCUCUUUGGUUUUCUUGCUUCCUGACUUUCACAGAAAGAAGCUCUUCAUUGCAGCCACAACUGUUGUCAUCCUCUUCACUGUGUUCAUACAGGGAAUGACCAUCCGUCCUCUCGUUGAUUUGUUGGCUGUCAAGAGGAAAAGAGAGAGUGCUCCCACAGUGGGAGAGCAGAUCCAUAUUCGGUUCUUGGAUCAUUUGCUGGCUGGCAUUGAAGAUAUAUCUGGACACUGGGGACAGUAUUACUGGAAAGACAAAUUAGAAUAUUUCAACAGCAAAUACCUGCAGAAGAUCCUGCUUCGAGAGUACGACCAGCCAAAAUCCAGUAUCGUGCUUCUCUAUGAAAAGCUGGAGCGGAAACAUGCCAUUGAGCUGGCAGAAGCAGGGCAGCUGGGUCAUGCCCCAUCUCACCCAUCCUUGCUCAGCAAUGACAGGACUGUCAUAACAGACAAAAAAUUGGAGGAUACUCUGAAUCCGGAUGUCCUGGAAAAUAUUCAGGAAAUAUUGGCGAGGAACCUGUACCGAAUAAGGAGAACGGGGCCAGCGUACAACAGGCACACCCUUCCCGGAGAGACCGAGCCCGUGGAGCACGCCAAGGAGAUCCUGAUCCUCCGGCACAAGAGCCUGCGGGUGGAAGCGAGCGGAGGUGACACGGCCAGCUCCAGGAAGGAGAGUGAAAAGGAUGACUCCUACUCAGCGCAGGGCGACUCCAGCACGCAGCCCAAGCUGUGCCGCUCCUUCACCGUGGGGAAUGCGGAAAAGGUUCGGGAAGUGAAACAGAACCGCUCGAAGUCGGUGUGUGUCAUCCCACCGCUGCAGCCCAGCAGUACGGCCUCGGGUGAGAAGAAACAAACGGAGAAAGAGCUGACUCUGGAGAUGUAAAAGCACAAGUGA